CUUCCUAUUUGGCGGCGAGAGGGAGAGAUUCAGUCUGGCCGGGCUCGUUGUCUAUUGCGACGAAGACGGGAAACGCGUCUCGACAGAGUGCUUUCUUUCGCAUUGCAAUAAUCGAUGGCGGACGUUCAAACCGUUGAGGUUAAAAUUACGAGAAUUUCACCGGAAAGUCUCGACGCGUCUCGCGACGUUGAUGGAUCUCAUGUGAGCAUGACGAUGUGCGCUAUGCCGAACGAAAGACGGAGACGGAUGAACCUUCUUCCCGACUCGGAAAUCGUGCGACGCGAUGAAAUCGUGUGAGUUGGUGCAAGUUCUAAAAAGUUCUAAAAAGAAAAAAGAAAAGAAAAAGAAAAAGAAAAGUGCCAAGACCACGCUAGCUUUGGCUAGAAUAUCGGAUACGGCGAGAGCUUCGACGCGUCCGUCGAGUUGCGACGUUCGACGCGACACGUCGUUCGAGUUGCAACUUGACGGGCAAAAAGAACCACCACUGCUCCCGGCCAUUAUCUCCGAGAAAAAAGGGAUAAUCUCAGUAAAGUAUCCGCGGGGUCACGGUGUACGGAAUACUGGCUCUCACUUGAAGAGAUGAAGGAAGUCGUGAGAAACGUGCUAAACUAUGAAGUGAAUUCGAUUGAAUAUAGUAUUCCGACUUGAUUUUCCGACCGAUCUCGGUUCUCAUUACCAUCUAACUG